AUGACAUCUCUGAUCCACCAAGCGACGAUACCUUUGGGUGAUGGGCUGCAUGAGUAUGCAUACAUCCAAAGAGCACGUAUACAUGCUUUGAUCUUGUUAGGGGGGCUUAUUAUACCGGACACCACAGGGUGCAAGGUCCUCUUUAUGUGGUUAAAUGCGUUUGACGAUCCGGAAGAAGUGGCUAAUAUCAGUUGGGGUAGUGAUGCUUUAGCAUUUCUGUAUCAUUAUCUGUGCGAGGCUUCUGUAGGCAGACGGAAAAGAGAUGUGGGUGGACCUAUGCUUCUUUUGCAGCUGUGGGCGUGGGAAAGAAUGUCUACAUUGAGGCCAGCCUUCUUGAUAUCGCCUAUGCACACGCCGUAUACCCUGUGUGGAGCCAAGUGGCACGAAGUUACUGAAAUUGGAAAUGCUCCCCGACAUUCAGUAGCUCAUUAUCGUGAUCAAUUAUCACUAAUUCGUCCCGGCCAGUUUCUGUGGACACCGUAUGCAGAUUGCAUCCUGCCUGAUUACUGCAUUGAUUCGACUGCAUCCUUCUUGUGUGACACUUAUUUGGUGUGCUGGUCAUUUGUCGAGGCACACGAAGCUAGACGCGUUUGCCGACAAUUUAACCGCUACCAGCGUAUUCCUCAGUACUGUGAUAGGAUGCUACAUAAUGUCGGAUAUUUGAGUAAAAGUCACCGCCGUGGGAGGAAGGGCGCUGAUUGGGCUAAGGUACAUAAGUUCUUCAUUGAUGAAUGGGACUUGAGACACGACAGGUUCCAAUCAACUUUUGACCAUGCCACGGCGACCAUGGAUGGUCGCAUUAAUCCGGGCUAUAUGGCGUGGUACAAUAGGAUCACAGUGUCGUACCUAGUUCAACAUGUGACACAGUCAACUGUUGGGAUGAACGAGUCAGCCUCUUCUAUGAAGAAAAUGGUUGAGACCCUUCAGGGGAUAUAG